AUGCUCACAGCAACCAGACCCGGCGCACCAGGGAUUAUCGUGCAUGUGCCGCAUCACCCCGGCAAUGCCACUCACCGCCGCCAGAGCGUGGGAUGCACCAGCCACCGCCGCUCCAGCGCAUACAGUGGCGGAAGUGGGUGCCCUAGAAACUGCGACAGCGCCAUCGAUAUCAAUGGAAUUUCCAUUGACCGAGUUAUGUACCUGAGGACGGCCCUUGAUGCCCUGCCGGGAGUGGCGCUGCGGGAGUACUUCGCCCCUGUCAUGCGGCUCAAGAAGCAGCUGCUCCUGCGCCAGCGAAGUGUCCGACAACGAUUCCCGUCAUGCGACACUGUCGAAGGUGCGGCGGCGUAUGCAAAGAUGGUAACGGACGCACUGACGUCGCUGACCCGUGCACUCAACACGGCCGGCGGAGAUCUAAUGCUGGACGAAGGCACGGGCAAUCUGUCCCUAGAGCCGAAGGAGGUCAUUGCCUGCUUGAAGGAUAAAGUCGCCCCUGUCAGCAUCGAGGCUGGCGGAGUGCUGGUCUACCCCCGUGAACCUCCUGAGGCGUCGUUUGUGUACAUUGUCAUGGCGGGCACUGUGUCCGCGACCUUUUUCCAGCCACAGGCGCAGUCGCAGUCUUCGGCACCUCAGCAGCAACGCCGUGGCGGCGGCUUGGGGGUUCGCAGGGAGCGGAGGAUGUACUUUACCUCGGCCAAGGAUGUAGUGCGCCUGUGCGGCGGUGGCCUCGCGCCAGAGGUGGCGUUGACCAUGGAUGACUACCCAGCCACCGAUUCUGUGGGAUGCAAUAACUCCACCGUCGCUGGUGGCGGGAGGGCGAACGACGACGGGACCUCCGUCUCCAACGUGACGACUGCAAUUCAGCGCUCACUGCGACGGGCCAGCCGCACCGUCGGACAGCCAACGCUGCGGCCCACCGGUACAGAGCAGGUACGUGCCCCUGUGGUGCUGGGAGCCGGUGAGGCUUUUGGACUGGCGCCAUUCAAGUACGUGUGCUACACAGCCUCGACCACCCCUACCGUUGCACCAACCUCCGGGACUGCCUCGACCGCAUCGAAGAGCGCAAAAGGCAACGAGGGGGCAACCUACGAGGAGUUCGUUGACACCUUCCGCAUCCGCACGAGCGACGUGCACGCCGCUCUCAUUGACAUUGCUGCCCGGCAGCGGGCGGAGCGGCUGCAACGUUCGCCGCACCGGUACGUGCCGUGGUGCACUGCUGCAAAGGGCGAGAUUGUGCCGCGUGGGACCGUCCGCACUGUCGCCGAUUUCAUCGUGGCUGCCCGACGUCGUUCCCUCUACAGUGACUAUGCCGCCACGGAGCUGCUACUGCGGCAGAGCUGGCUGCUGCAGGAUGUGCCGGCGCCCACAAUUCGCGCCUUGAUCUCGCACAUGGUGCCGCGCACAUACAUGCCUGGCGAGGUGAUGGCCUGCCCCCACACGCCCGGGUCCUCUCGGCAGCUUUGUUUCCUGCGGCGGGGUCGUCUCAACGUGUUUGUGUCCCCAAAGAGUGGCGGCAGUCCGGCACCAUUGAUGUCGGGUGAGUUGCCGAAUGAUUUGACGGCGUCGCGCUCUUCAUGCGAGAGGUGCGGUUGCUGGUACAUUGGAGAGACAACCAGAGCCCAGCCGGCGGAGGUGGUCGAAUCAGGAGCCUCCUUUGGCGAGCUGUCGGUGCUUUUCCACGAGCCGCGCCAUUGCGUACUGCGGGCAGACACGGUGUGUGACGUGUGGUGCCUACCGCACCGAAGUUUCACCGCGCUGAUGCAGCGUGAUGCCGCCCUGCGUGAUGGACUGUUGCAGAAGGCGGCAGUUCUCCGCGUUGAGUGGAUGGGCGAGCAGCGCUUCACGCACGCCCUAGCACAGCAGCUGCGGGCCGGCUCCGAGCUGCUGAAGCCGCUCCCUGAUGUAGCCAUUCGCCUCAUCCAGGAGCGACUUGAGCCAGUCAUCUAUACGCCAGGCUCGCUCGUGGCGAGCACGUCGACAAGGUGCACCGAGAUGAUCUUCAUCAUGGGCGGCACUGUGUCUACACUUUGUGAAGGGGUUGCUGCAUACGGCACAGGGGACGUGCUUGGCGAGGGAUGUCUGAUUCCGCAUCGAUGGCCACUGGGGCUUGCUGCGCGCACGAUGGUGGAGGGCUGGCGCAUCAAGGUGAAGCAUCUCAUUGACGCCCUCCGGCGGAUGGACCUACUGCAUCGGUACUCGGGUCUGGUCACGAGCCAAACACCGCAGCUCAUGAAGAAGAUCUUUGGCACCCCACAACCAGAGAUCGAGGUGGACGCUGUUGGUCGGCAACGCAUGCCUACGGUGGGGGCACCUCCUGGAGGCUUCGCCAGCUACCUUAUCUACGGCCGUGCGGUGAGCGAGGUGCAGCUGAAGGCGCUGUGCUUCCUUUAUCGCGACUAUGUACGCUGGGAGGACAUCAACUAUUCGACGAUGGAUCGUGGGGCUGACAAGGCAGCCGCGGUAUCCAUGCAGACGACCCUCAACGCUCUCGCUCAUGAUGUGGCUGUCAGUCGCCUUAGCGGAGGAAAAGGCCAACCGGUGUCUGCCGCGCUGGACGAGCACCAAAAGCGUCGAAACAUUGGUGACACGGGUGAUAAGUCUUGGAAGACCGUAGUCAAGAGUGCUGCUGUUGCCGCUGCCCCUCCCACCACUGCUAGCCCUCUACCCCGCCUAGACGAUGCUCCGGCCGCUGCAGGGUCCGGACGCAACGCCGCUCGAACCAAUAGUGGACGGCGCCAACCCACGCGUCAGCCGCGCGUCGGUGGUUGCCGUGGUCCCGAGCAGCGGUUCGGAAAUGCUGGCGCCUUCCUUGUGAAGCAAGCUUUCCUCGGUGAGGAAGUGCCAUCGAAGGCUGCGGCAUCUCUUGCCAAGACACAUGCCCAUGGAAGCCACAGACACCCACCGCUGCCACCUCGCUUGCAUCGUAUGGUGCGCCUGCUUGAGGAGCGUAACCGCACCUGGGCAGCCGAGCAGUGCCACGAGGCAUCUCUCGCACAGCAGGGGAUGAUUCAGCGCGACGUCACCAUCUGGAAUCGAGCGGUGCUGCGGUCUACGGCGACGCCGGGCACACCGGUGCCCAACAGCCAUCCAUUCCGAUUUGCGACAGCAGCCGCAACUACGGCAACCAUGGCCCAUUUGCGCACCGCCACAGGUGUCUUCUCUGACACCCACCCCGCCCCUGUGCACAUCUUUCUUCAGGGGGAAAAGCCGAAGUAUGAGUUGACUCUUGACGAGGCCAUCGCCGUCGGUUACGUCUUGCAGCUGCCCAGCAUCGCCCAGAUCCAGCACUCGGUCUCGCUGGUGGACCCGGACGUCGCACUCGGGCCGCCAGCGCAACGGGGACGCCGGUACCUCAUGUCUAUCACCCCCAACGACCGCUACACAAAGCACAACUUUCUUUUCGCGGCUGCCGAUCUCAAGGACGGCAACUCUGCUGAGUCACAUCAGAAGACUGCAGAGGCCAAGGUGGAGGCGACGCUGCGCAGCAAGACACGGAAACUGCUCACCAUGAUGCGUACUGCCGUGGCAUCCCGCAUGGACGGCGAAGCGGCGUUUGCGUCAGCGGUAGCGUUUCACCCAACGACAAUCUCGGGCGAGUGCAGCACCGCUGACAGCGGUGCUGUGGCACCACCGCCUGACACACUGGUGCUGGUGAAUGAAUCCCAGGUGCAGUCGCUGGACAGCGACACUGAAGGGCUGGCAAACUCCCCUCCUGCAGUCGCCGCCACCCCGUCGCCGGAUCGCUCUGGGCGGCAGCAGACGCUUCUGUCAAGUCCGGGGAUUGUUGUCCUCGCCGACUCGAUGGAGACGCUGUCACCCUUAGGCUCUCCUGGCAAAGUCAGUAGUCAGAGGAAAGAGGCGGCGUUCCAGCGGCUGGUGAAGCGGAAUGCAGCGCAGGCGAUCGAGCUGCUGUGCAAACACUACGACAUUUCAUGGAGCUUCUCGUGGCCUGGCCUGCCGUCUGACAUGACGUCGCAAAUGCGGCACGGUGUGGGGGACGGGCACAGCGCCAACGGCUCCGGCUAUAUGACGCCGCCGGGGACUACGUCGUUGGAGUCGCAGCGACGUGCCCAGCAGCUACAGAAACCCAGUCUUCUUGAGAGGCUAGAGGCUGCGGCCACGAGUGUCGUGCGGAAUGCGAUUUUCAUGAGCGGACUGCCGCUGCCACCGCUGGUGCUGCCGAGAGAGUUGAGUGAAAGUGCAACAGACGCUGAGGCACCGCAAAGAAGCGAUACUGACGCCGAUGACGGCGGCGCACUUCUCACGAGCAACAGGACACUGUCCUACCCGCAGCUGGUGCGGGCCACAGCGCGCGAUCGCUGGCAUAGCGCCAACCAACUCACUGCCCGGAGUGCGCCACCGUUCACAUCUGAGCUGUCGGUGCCUCUGUUGUCGCAGAAGGUCGCCGGGACGAAUAUGGCAACCUCCGACACUACUGCGAAGGUGGCUGUGCCCGGUGCGGGUCUUGUGGAGCACUUCUACCACUGUAGCCAGCAGCGCAGAGCUCCUGUCCUCUUUGUGGAGGGCUACGGGCCGCUGCAGCCGCUGCUGGAGAGCUGGAUAGAGUACCCACCUACUAUCCACGCCAGCGCCGUAGGUGGCAGUGAGCCGUACGCGGGCAACGUCAGUAUAGACCGUGUUGGCGGGGGCGGGUCUCAGUUUUCGCGCCCGACCACGUCGAUAGCAGCCGCCGCGGCUCUGCGCCGCAGUGCCUCACGCCCAGGUGGCUUGAGCGGUUCUUUCCGUGGUGGCGGUGUCAGUCAUCAGCACUACCCCCUCCGCGGCAGCAACGUCUCGGCGUCUGGCAGCUCAGGGCAGAUGGCUCCAUGGGUGGAGGAGUUCACCAUGCCGAAUGCCGAGGCCACCGAAAUGUAUAUUCGCCGCAUCCAACGUGACAUUAACGGGCUGAACGCGGUGGCAAAGGAGCAGCAGAGGGAGCGCAAUGAGGCACACGCGCGCAACGGCCGCACCGCCAAGUAUGUAGCGGCGAUGGAGGCGGCCCUCGGCAAACCCAACAAGGAAGAGUUGGAGGCGCUGGAAGCGUGGCGGACCCAGUAUCGACACGUCGGCAGCGAAGCGCGGCGUCGCGCCUCGCUCCCCGUCGCGCUACGCACCGAGGCCGGCCAGGACUACAUGAAGCGAGAGCUGGAGUACCUGGUCGCUACUCCCGCCUUAAUGGAUGACCCGGUGUGGCGUUACACGUCUGGCGUGCAGGAAUGGCAGGACCAGCAAGCCAAUCGCGAAGAGGGAACUUCUCUCUUCUCUGGCGCGUUGAUAGAGGCGGGGUCUGGGGCCAAUGUGUCAGGUGCCGGUGCCGCCUCCGCACUAGACAGGCCAAGGCGCGUGGUGGCCACCAUCGGCGCAGCGAGCCUGGGCUUUACCCCCGCCCCACUACAGAGCCCAUCUGCGCAGAUGAGCCCCGGCGACUACGAGGCGUGGGUGCACGAGCGCGAAGAUUUCUUCGCUGCGUACAAGCGCUUCCUGACUGGGCGCGGUGGGGAUGGUGGGCGGGGUGGGUGGGCCGUCGCGCCAGCAGCUCCGCUGGCGGCUCCAAAGAUGCGUUUCACGCCCGCCCCACCGUCGCUGAGGCCUUCGUUGACGUCGGCCACCUGGGCCUCCUCCCCGACACCGCCGUCCGAAGCGCUUGCCGAGCAACCCGCCGAUUUUCGAACCAGCAUGAAUCCCCGUUCAGAGGACAGCGAUGUGUACUACGUGUAA